GGCCGGUGCCAGCUUUUUUCUCUAUUUGUCUCUGCCUUCUUUCUUUGGGUUUUCUUCUUCUACUUCUUGCCUUUUUCUUAACACUCUUUAAUUACGCCAAAACAAGAAUUCUCUCUGGCUUUUUAUUUGAAGAAAUGGCAACGAAUAUUGGGAUGAUGGACAGUGCUUAUUUUGUUGGGAGGAAUGAGUUAUUGACGUGGAUCAACAACAGGCUUCAACUUAAUCUUUCUCGCGUUGAAGAGGCUGCAUCAGGGGCGGUUCAGUGCCAAAUGAUGGACAUGACCUACCCAGGAGUUGUUCCAAUGCACAAGGUAAAUUUUGACGCCAAGACUGAAUAUGAUUUUAUCCAAAAUUACAAGGUCCUGCAGGAUGUAUUCAAUAAGUUGAAAAUCGAAAAGCAUAUUGAGGUCAACAAGCUUGUUAAAGGUCGACCUUUGGACAACUUGGAGUUCUUACAAUGGAUGAAACGCUAUUGUGAAUCUGUAAAUGGCGGCAUCAUGAAUGAGAACUACAAUCCCGUGGAACGAAGAAGUAAAGGUGGGAAGGAGCGGAUCUCUAGGGGUGGUUCACUGAAGAUUUCAAAAUCAUUGCAGGCUAACAAUAUGCAUAAUGCUGGCUCCGGGGACACAGUUGGCCACAAUAAAGCUUCUGGGCCCAGGCAUGGUAAGACAUAUGCUGCAGCUGGUAGAACUAAUUCUUCGGAAGAGAUUCAGGCUUUGUCCAAGGAGAUUACAGAUCUUAAGCUCUCUGUGGACCUUUUGGAGAAAGAAAGGGACUUUUACUUUGCAAAAUUGCGGGAUAUAGAAAUACUUUGUCAGACUCCUGAAUUCGAGAAUCUUCCUAUGUCUCUAGCAGUCAAGAAGAUAUUGUAUGCUGCUGAUGCAAAAGAGUCUGCACUAGCUGAAGCUCAGGAGUAUUUGUCGCAGUGUCUGAAUGGUGCUGAUAAUGAAGCAGAAGAAGAAUGAGUUUUAACUAAAACAAUAAGGGCCCUUGUGCUUGGAAGUUGAAACAUGUACAUGGCCUUGUUUAAUGAGUGUAGGGCGUCCUUCAAUCACAAGAUGCAGGAGAUGACUUUCACUAUGCUCAGGGCUCCGAAUGGCGAAUACCAUCCAAUUGGAACUGUAGGAUUUUUCAUUUCUCUGUUUCCUUUUUGUGCUUGAUAAAUGAUUGUGAAUUAAAUUAAUGACUAAUUUAUUGGUGGUAAGUACUGGUGGUUUUAUUUCUAUAUGUAAGCUGUGAUUUCAAUAGGCAAGGCUUUUGUUCUUUUACUGU